AUGUCCCCAGAUACUUUUUCACGGCUAGUAGCUGCUAUGUCUGCAGACUCAGGUGGUGUUCCAGGCCCAGGUGCUAUUCCAGGCCCAGGUGCUAUUCCCGACCCAGGUGCUGCUGUUACAGGAGCCGUUCCGACCUCAUUCCUUGCUACAGCUGUGUUGGGAUACAAACUUUGGGCAACAAAAAGGGAUCUAGCCGCAGCGUCUCAAUCACUAAAUACGGCGGAGCGCAAUGUUGAAGAAGAAAGAAGAGCCAGUCGUGCUGCAAGAACAGCAGCAAAUGCACAGAGGCGUCAGGAAGAAUCUGAGCGGGCGGCAGCUGAAGCUGCAGAAGCUCUCCAAAGAGCAGAGGAAGCGAGGUUCGCGACAGAGCGUCGGUGGUUUGAAGGAGUUCGCCCCGAGUGCCGUCCGUCGGAGGCGGAUAUUGUUCGGAUGAAGACCGAGUAUCGCUACAGCCCAGGCUUCCUCCACCUCGCGGUCGUUGGCUCUUCCGGAGGCGGGAAGUCAUCCUUUAUCAAUGCCGUCCGGGGCCUGUCCAACAACGACCCCAUCGCUGCUCCUACGGGGAUUGUCGAAACUACCGAUGCAGUCACGAGAUACACUGAUCCACGCCCAGACUCCCAGAUCUUUUGGUAUGACGUUCCCGGUGCGGGCACUUCGAAUAUGCCUGACUGGCAGUACUUCAAUAUCUUGGGCCUCUACAUCUUCGACUGCAUCAUUGUGCUAUUCGACAAUCGUUUCUCGGACUCCGACCUCGCCAUUCUCCGGGCGUGCGAGCAGUUCACCAACAUUAAGGUGUUCAUUGUUCGCUCCAAGUCAGAUCAGCACAUCAACAAUAUGGUGUUGGACAGGAUGCAACGAGGGUUCGACCCUUUUCAUGCUGACGAUGAGACACGUGCUCGUUUCCAGCAAAUCAAAACUGAAACCCGGAGGGAGUUCGUCAACAAAACGUACCAGAAUGUGCAAACGAACCUUGAGAGCAACAAUAUCUCUCCUAAGGGAGUUUACAUUGUUUGCAAGGACGCCGUGCAUGCGAUAUGGAACAACUCGCCUUCUUCCAUGGCAAUUGACGAGGCAGAGCUUCAAAAUGAUGUUGCAGAAUGUACCUCAUACUUCCCCAAUCUGUGGAUGUAA